UGCUGUUGUCCCAGCAACGGCCAGGGAGCCUGAGGCGAGGGCGGCCGCGGAGGGGUCAGAGGGGUCGCGCUGUCAGGGAGGUCCCACGGGAGGCGCCAGGCCGGCGUCGCUGGCGCCCGCGAAGAGGACGGAGUCGGCCCAGAACCAGCAUCCGGCUGCCGCAUUCGCUCCCACUAGCCGUUAAGCGCUGUAGGUAGAGAGACGCAAGCGCUCCGGGUAGGGGCGGGGCCGAGGCGGCCCUGGACUCAAGACGCAUGCGCGCUGGAGCUGGGCGGGCACGGAUCGACGGGAGGCGGGGUUUCCAUCCCUGUGGGUGGAGCUAUCGGCCCCUGGGGCGGGACUGUCUGCGGGUGUUACCUGGAUCAGGAAGAGAGUUGUUAUCACCUGUUCCCCAUCUUCUGGGGACACUGAGUCUGCGGACUCAGGGGGUUGACCAAACUAGGUUGGCGACCUACUUCUGCCCCUUAACCUGGAUCACUUUUGGUUUAUAUUUUAAGGAUUUAUUUAUUUAUUUAAAAGGCAGAGAGAGAGAGAUCUUUCAUCCGCAGGUUCACUACUCAAAUGGUCGCAUGAAAGGGGCCCGGGCCAGGCUGAAGCCAGGAGACGGACUCCAUCCUGGUCUUCCCUGUGAAUGGUUUCAAGCUCAAGUGCUUGAAACACCUGCCGUUCGUUAGCAGGAAGCUGGAUCCGAAGCAGAGCAGAUGCACCGCAAUGGCACACUGCUGUGGGAUGCGGGAGUCCCAGGGGGAUCCCUUGGACAGCGAGGCUCUGGCUGGUACAGAGUGGGAGGGCACCUGCGGACAGCCCUGGGGUAGGAGCCUCAGGCUGUUGGGCCUGGGCGUGAUCAGAGGAUGGAGCUCCAGGAGCAGCCAAGUGAUGCCAGCACUGGGGGCGGAACGGGAGGAGGAGCUGGAGGAGGGAUAAAAAGCAAGGGUUUCUGAGACUUUUCCAGCAUACCUGGGAGGGCUUGGCGCUGCGCUGGUCCGAGAGGACGCCACCCUCCUCACGGCCUCUGCGGCUUGCUCCAUCCCCGCCUGCCUCCUGCACAGCGACCCCGGUGCUGACCAGCCGUCCGAGCCACAGACCCUGCCUCCCGGCUCCGGACCCCGCGCAGCCUAGCACCUUCCCUCCUCUGGGGAACGGGUCUCCCAGCCCUGCUGCGGCCCCCUAUUCAAGACCGCCCACUCUUCCGUCGCAUACCGAGACAGCCCUGCUUCUGCCUUCCUGAGGGCCGCGGCUUUCCCCUGAGACCCUCAACCUCCCCAUCCCACCCUAGCCCUGUACGGAGUGCGUCGCCUCCCCCAUGGCGCCCUCCGGGAUGCGACUGCUGCUGCCGCUGCUGUGGCUCUCAGUGUUGGCGCCCGGCCGCCCGGCCGCGGAAAUGCCCGGCCGCAACGCCACCGACCUGGAGCUGCAGCAAAGGCAGCACCUGGAGGCCUUCCGUGCCCUGCUCCUGUCCAAGCUGAAGACCCCCAGCCCGGAGGAGGAACCAACCAUUCCGGAGCCUGACGACGUGGACCACAGCACCCGCGAACAGAACGAGGAGGGCCUUGAGCUGUUGCCCCGCUACUUCCGCAAGGAGGUCACCCGCGUGCCAAUGCUGGACAGCAACCACGAAAUUUACAAAAAAUACAAAGAUUGCGGGCACAGCGUCUAUAUGCUCUUCAACAUGUCAGAGCUCCGGCAAGCAGUGCCUGAGCCGGUGUUGCUGUCCAGGGCAGAGCUGCGCAUGCAAGUGCUCAAGUUACAGCAGGAGCAGCACGUGGAGCUGUACCAGAAAGACAGCAGCGAUUCCUGGCAAUACAUCAAGAGCCGGAAUCUGGCACCCAGUGACACAGAUGAGUGGUUGUCCAUUGUUGUCACCAGAGUUGUGCGGACGUGGCUGAGCCGUGGAGAGGAAACAGAGGGCUUCCGCCUCAGCACCCACUGCUCCUGUGACAGCACAGAUGAUGUCCUCCAAGUGGACAUCAACGGGAUCAGUUCCGGCCGCCGAGGUAACCAUGCCGCCGCUCAUAGCAUGAACCGGCCCUUCCUGCUCCUUGUGGCUACUCCCCUAGAGAGGGCACUGCAGCUAAAUGGCGCCUGGCACCACUGAGCCCUGGACACCAACUACUGCUUCAGGUGA